AGGUUGCAACCCAUCAGCUGGUUCGGAUUCGCUGUGAUAUGCAUCUCUGUCUUCGUAUUCCAAAGGGUACGCGUCAAAGAAAUGCACCGCCUGCCCAUGACCGCCGAGGACAGUGGUUACGAGUCGCUCGCGCUGACGGACAAAGACGAUCGGGAUGACAGCUUCGAUAACUCUAGUACCGAACUGUUCGAGGAUCAUUUGCCGCAGACCCCGUGCAUACCACUAGACGAUACCGUCAGUGCCGGCAGUUCAUUGGAUGCUAUUUUGGUCACAGGUGGCUACGCUCCACCCGCAACAAUGGCCAGGUCCAGAACGCUGUCCGGUUCUACGAAUUGGGUGCGCAACAGUCCACAGCCGACCAAUGCUGAAACGCUGACUGUGGAGUUGAGUUCUCAUUCAUAGGCCAUAUAUAGCGCAAUAUGGCGAUGUGCCUAUACAGCUCGAGUGCAGCAUGAGUGUAUCCGAGACGUCGCGUCUAUUCACGAUGCGGUCUUCGCACUACUUGCCGCCUUAACCAAUCAUCUGCACCGCUCGAUCGCUCCGCGUAAAUUGCUUAUGCACUAAGAUUUUUCCGCAAUUAUUGCACGAGUUGUGGAUAAUCUUAGUGAUAUUUGCGUAAUUACGGAGCACAAGUCUAUGGACACCCCUUCGUCCUGCACAGUCAAGACAUGCGACAAAAUCGGGCCUGGGAAGUAAUCUCAUUGCAUCCAAAGGUCUCUCAAGUAUAGUCUUUGGUGAGAUAGGUGCAUCAAAAACUAGGUCAAGAGCGCCGGCGGUAAACUCACAAAGCGCUAGAAGGUCACGAAGCUUGCACAUUGAAGUGCGAGUGAUGUUGGAUAUGGACUGCUGGAUUAAUUGUAACACUCCUACCAAUUAUGUCCAGGUCGGAAUGGAAUUCAAUUCGAUUCCAAGAAAUGACUCUUGCUAUCGACAGAGCAAGCAAUACCGUAUAUGUAGAGCUCAUGUAGCUUGAUGCAAUAUUUCGAGGCAAAGGGUUUUGUUACCAUGCUUGUGCACUACCGCCCGUCAGUCUCUCGGACGUGAUGGACUGUAUCACGCACGUGAAUGUCUGAGCGCUGAUAUAUUUCUACUCAUCUGUUCCAGUUCUACUCACCUCUGAACGGUAGACGUUGAUCCUAACAACCACAAUAGAAGCACGAAAGGAACAGAAAAAAAUGGUACCGGAAAAGGAAUGUAUCGCAGUUUCUAAGCAAUAGGCUCGUCACAGCGAAACGAUAAUUUAUGUUGAUUAAGUUCCGAUAAAUAAUAUAUACGU